UGCUCCUCGAGGCUGGCGCAGCGAUCGACCAAGCCCGCAACAACGGCGCCACGCCGCUGUUCAUGGCGUGCCGUGAGGGCCAGCUCGAGUGCGUUCGGCUGCUCCUCGAGGCUGGCGCGGCGAUCGACCAGGCCGAGGAGCAAGGCGCCACGCCGCUGUUCGCUGCGUGCCACCAGGGCCACCUCGAGGUCGCCAAGCUCCUCUCCUCCUACGGCGCCUCCCGCGCCGCUACGCCCUUCGGCACGCCCGAGGAGGUUGCAACCGAAGAAGGCCACGCCGACAUCGCCGCCUGGCUGGUCGCCAGCCGCGGCUGGACGCCGCUCGCGCACCUUGAGACCCUCACCGCCGCCCGCGCCACCUCCCUCCUGCGCAGCGGCGCAAGCCUGCACGAGGGCGAGCCGACGCCGCUGCGGCGCGCCGCGGGCGGCGCGGGCGAGGCGGCGGCGCUGGUCCGGCGGGCGGCGGCGCCGUGGUCGCCGACAAGCCACUCGCUCUUCCCCGCGGCGGCGCGCGCGCGGGCGGCGCGCCUCGUCCUCUCGCUCUACGAGAUCCACGAGCGGUACCACCUCGAUUCGGCCGGAGCCACGAACGGCAUCGCGGCGCUCGACUUUGGCCACUGCGUCUUGGGCUUCGCCAUCGCGCGCGAGACGGAGUAGGCCGGCGGUGAGAGUCUUUGCCUCGGCUCCGACCAUGGUCGUGGCUCGUGCUGUUUGCUGUCUUGGGUCCGGAACCGCUGUUUGGAUUGGGAGAGUGCGCAUGUU